AUGAGCCACAACAGACAGGCUCUGUACAACCUCAGAUAUGCCUUAACAGCCAGAGGUCUUUGCCAGAUAAUGGAGGUCUUUGUAAACCUGCUGGUCGUCAUCUGCUCAGGAGUGUCCUACAGUAACUCCGGGGGUUACCGGGACCUGGCCAGCCUCGGGGGUCUCUACCAGUACUACUAUGGAGGAGCACAGGCUUUCACCGGAGCCGACAGGGUCAAGGAGCUGGACAAACUGUUCCACCAGCUCAAGCUGCCUCCAUACAUCUUCAGCAUGGCCUGUGGAGGGGCUCUGAUGGUUUAUGCCUGCAUCAUUCUGGCUUUGAGGGUCCUGAGAGUCCCUUACCGCUUGCCCCCUGUGCUGCUGGGAGAGGCCCUGGUGAGCUUCCUGAUCGGCCUGGGCUACAUCCCUGCCUUCUACUUCAUCAAGCUGCAGGAGACCUACGACAACCCCAUCUGUACGGAGGGGGAAGCGCUCUACAAGAGCAAAGGGCAUCAGGGCUUUGCGUGUGCACUCAAUGGAGCAGACAUCGCUGGAGGCCUCUUCGGGGUGCUUGGAAUCAUUGUAUUCAUCUUUGGAAUGGUCUUGCCUUCCGUGCUUUCAGGGCAGUGCGUGAGAUGGAGAGCGAUGGAAGAUGGUAACUUAUAACAGGUUUGCUCACCCCCCACUGUGAAUAUAAAGGAUACAAAUCUAGGGUUGAGAUCAAAUUUAGUCAAACAGCUAUAAAUAUUAGUGCAUUUUAUAUUAACUGUGAUUAAAAAAA